AUGAGCGAGAAAACUGGCCCAGGCGGUAUCGGCCUCAUCUUUGCGCAAGCUUGCAAGGCAUACUUCCAACUAACGCGACUCCACAAAUUUCCUCUCGGCAAUAUUCUCGUCAUCUGGCCUUGCAUGUGGGGGGCUACCAUGGCUGCUUACAAAGCCCAAAUCUCGGCGAGCCAGCUCGUCACCCAAGUCGCGCUGUUUGUGCUAGGUGGGACCUUGGUUCACAGCGCUGCCUGCAUCAUUAAUGACAUCUGCGACAUCGAGUUCGAUAGGAAAGUCGAGCGCACUAAGAAUCGGCCCCUAGCGGCUGGUUUAAUCCCUGUUUCUGGAGCAUGGAAACUUCUAUCUGUGAUGACCAUCGGAUGCUUUGCCUUUCUUUCUCUCGCCAACAGCUACGCGGCCUUUAUUGGGAUAUUCGGAGUCUUUCCAUUCCACACCCUUUACCCUAUGAUGAAGCGGUGGACAUGGUGGCCUCAAGCUUGGUUGGGUGUUGCCAUGAACUGGGGCUUCCUUGUAGCAUGGCUGUCAGUCAACCCCCAUUACACGGAGGCGGACAUAAGGCUUAUGCUGGUGAUGCUCAUUGGCAUGAUCUUCUGGACCCUGGUCUAUGACACCGAGUACGCAUGCCAAGAUCGCCGCGACAAUGUGAAAGCCGGCGUUAAGUUGACCGCUUUGCUCUUUGGGAGCCAUGUUCGCGAAGUCCUCGUCACGUUCUCUGUUACAUUCCUGGCAUGUCUGGUGCUGGGCGGCAUUCUUAACGGUCAAACGGCUGUGUACUUUGUAUUCUCCUGCAGAGGCGCAGCCUUGCACUUUGCCUGGCAGUUUCUCACGUGGGACAUCAACGAUCCUGCCGACUGCGGUGUAAAAUUUAAGUCUAACGGGGAUCUCGGCUAUCUAGUCUGGGCAGGGCUGCUUCUGGAUUAUUUAAUGAAGAUGUAG